UUCACAAACACAAGUCAUUACCCUGUCAAAAUCUUUGACACCAACGUUGUCUUCGGAGUCUUUCUUUUUUCACAUUCUUUGUUCAAGUAAAAUCAUUUUCUUGAACAAUUCUUAUACCUUUUUGGUGCAAAAUAAAAACUGUUUCUGGGAGGGUAUGGAACAGAAACAUGUUUUUUUGUCAGCAUUGAGUGUUGGUGUUGGAUUAGGUGUUGGACUUGGAUUGAGUUCAGGACAAGCUGUCCAGAAAUGGGUAGGAGGGAUCCGCGAUAUCGACGAGGUUUCUGGUGAGCAGAUUGUUGAAGAACUAAAGAGACUUGUUGUUGAUGGAAAAGAUAGUAAAGUUACAUUUGAUGAGUUUCCUUAUUACCUAAGCGAAAAAACUCGAGUUUUGCUGACAAGUGCGGCAUAUGUUCAUUUAAAACAUCUUAACUUUUCCAAGCACACAAGGAACCUCUCACCGGCAAGCAGGGCUAUUUUACUUUCUGGUCCUGCAGAACUUUAUCAGCAAAUGCUUGCCAAAGCUUUAGCACAUUACUUCGAUUCGAAGUUGCUAUUAUUAGAUGUUACUGAUUUCUCUGUGAAGUUGCAAAGCAGAUUUGGAAUUCCAAGAAAAGAAGCAUAUUUCAGAAGGUCAAUAUCCGAGAUGACUUUGGAACGAAUGUCUGGUUUGUUUGGUUCCUUUUCAAUGAUGCCUUCAACCGGUGAAACUAGAGGUACUUUGCGUCAACAAAACGUUGAAAGUUCGAAUAAUCCUCCAAGGCUUAGGAGGAAUGCCUCUGCUGCUUCUGAUCUAAGUAGCACUUCUUCCCAAAGUGGUUCAACAAAUCCAGCUUCUUUAAGACGCACGAGUAGCUUGUGUUUUGAUGAAAAGCUCUUUGUACAGUCACUUUACAAGGUUUUGGUUUCUAUCUCAGGAACUGAUUCCAUCAUUUUAUACAUAAGGGAUGUUGAGAAGCUUGUUCUCAAAUCACCAAGGUUAUUUAAUUUACUACAAAGAAUGAUAAAUAAAUUAUCAGGCUCGGUGUUGAUACUCGGUUCUCAGAUAUCUGAUUUAGAAUAUGAUUGCAAAGAAUUGGAUGAAAGGGUCGCUAGGUUAUUCCCUUAUAACAUUGAGAUCAAAGUUCCCGAAGAUGAAACUCAUCUCGGUAGCUGGAAAGGUCAACUCGAAGAAGACAUGAAAAUCAUUCAGUUUCAAGAUACUCGAAACCACAUUGCUGAAGUACUCGCGGAAAAUGACAUUGAUUGCGAUGACUUAAAUUCAAUAUGUCAUGCAGACACUAUGAUACUCAGUAAUUAUAUUGAAGAAAUUGUUGUAUCCGCGAUUUCUUACCAUUUGAUGAUUACUAAGGAACCAGAAUACCGAAACGGAAAGCUAGUUAUCUCGUCCAAUAGUUUGUCGCAGGGAUUGAGUCUGUUCGAGGAAGGCAAGAGUAGUGGAAAUCUGAAGACUAAUGAUUCUAACAAGGAAAAUGUUGACGAUAUUGCUGGCGUAAAGAAUGAUGUGAGGAAUGAAAACAAAAGUGAGGGAGAGAAAUCUAUCCCUGUAACAAAAAAAGAAGGCGAAAUUCCAGUGCCUGUAAAAGCGGAAGUUCCCGACAACGAAUUCGAGAAGCGAAUUAGACCUGAAGUUAUCCCUGCAAAUGAGAUAGGUGUUACAUUCGCAGAUAUCGGUGCAUUAGAUGAGAUAAAAGAAUCGCUUCAAGAGCUAGUAAUGCUUCCCCUUAGAAGACCAGACCUUUUCAAAGGUGGACUUCUAAAGCCAUGUAGAGGUAUAUUACUUUUCGGUCCACCUGGUACCGGAAAAACAAUGCUAGCAAAGGCGAUUGCGAAUGAAGCAGGAGCAAGUUUCAUUAACGUCUCGAUGUCCACGAUCACUUCAAAAUGGUUCGGAGAAGAUGAAAAGAAUGUCCGAGCUUUGUUCACGCUAGCAGCUAAGGUUGCUCCGACUAUUAUAUUCGUCGAUGAAGUUGACAGCAUGCUCGGUCAGCGUACUAGAGUCGGAGAACAUGAGGCCAUGAGGAAGAUUAAAAAUGAAUUCAUGACACAUUGGGAUGGACUACUAUCAGGACCUAAUGAACAAAUUCUUGUUCUUGCUGCUACCAACAGACCAUUUGAUCUUGAUGAAGCAAUUAUACGACGGUUUGAGCGCAGGAUCAUGGUUGGUCUUCCAUCUGCUGAGAAUAGGGAAAUGAUCCUUAAAACUCUUAUGUCAAAGGAGAAACACGAAAACUUAGACUUCAAGGAACUAGCAACCAUGACAGAAGGAUUUAGUGGAAGUGAUUUAAAGAAUUUGUGCAUAACUGCGGCUUAUCGACCUGUUAGGGAGUUAAUACAGCAGGAGAGAAAGAAGGAAAUGGAAAAGAAGAAAAAAGAAGCAGAAAGUGUAAAUUCCGAAGAUGCUUCAAAUAGUAACGAUAACGAUGAACCAGAAAUUAUCUUGAGGCCUUUAAGCAUGGAAGACAUGAAACAAGCGAAGAAUCAGGUGGCUGCAAGUUUUGCAUCAGAAGGUUCAGUAAUGGCUGAGCUAAAACAAUGGAAUGAAUUGUACGGCGAAGGCGGUUCAAGGAAAAAACAACAGCUCACAUACUUCCUUUAAGAGUGUGAAAUGCUAAUUUCAUUUUGGAUUUGUCACAUAUCCUAAAGGGUAUAUUUCAACAAAGGAAGGAAAUAUCUUGAAUCAAAAGGAUGCUUAGGAGAGGGCUCUAGAUUUUUUUUUUGGAUUGUUUGCAAAACAAAUGCCACUUGUAUUAGAAGAUUAUUAGUAUUCUGUCAUGUGAGGUUUUGGAAGAUGCAAUUGAUUUUUAGGAAGUAGAAAUAUUUUAUACCAAAACUUUAGAUAUGUUGUAAUAUAUAUGAUGAGUAUUUUCAGAUAGUAGAAUUUUGUAUAUUGAUUUGUGUAGUUGAACUUGUUAUAGUUUGGUUCAAUUGGUAA